CCUCUGGUUAACUGACAUAUUUUACUGCAGUGGAGCUCACCGAGAACUCCGUGAACAGCCACAGAAGACCGGUUGUCAGAAAAUAAAACUAUGGCGACUCACGCUAGCAUGUGCUGCCGCUUGUUUGAUAGACAUAACAGUUUAACACAUUUCAGGAAACUGGUACAGUGCGUGAAUGGGGACAUUCAGCGACUAUACUCCAGUGCUACGCACAAGGAAAAUAAACUUGAACUUGGAGACUCGACUUUAUCUGCUCCCAACUUAGCCGCAUCUCCGAAAACCAGGUCAACACAGGAGAGGCUAAGAGACAACAGCAUACUACCCUUUUCAGCAUUCUUGACUGACAACUUUGGCCGGAGGCACAGCUACCUACGCAUCUCUCUGACUGAGAAAUGCAACCUCCGCUGUCAGUACUGUAUGCCAGAGGAGGGAGUGAAGCUGACACCACGGAGCCAGCUGCUGUCCACUUCGGAGGUACUGACCCUGGCUCGCCUCUUCGUCCAGGAGGGGGUGGAGAAAAUCCGUCUCACUGGAGGAGAGCCCCUCAUCAGACCUGAUGUGCUGGAUAUCAUCUCAGAACUGAGGAAGCUGGAGGGUCUGAAAACCAUUGCAGUGACAACCAACGGCAUGAACUUGGCCAGGCUUCUGCCAAAGCUCAAAGAGACUGGCCUUGACCUGAUUAACAUAAGCCUGGAUUCACUCGUCCCUGCCAAAUUCGAGUUCAUUGUCAGGCGGAAAGGGUUCCACAAGGUCAUGGAGGGCAUUGAUAAGGCCAUUGAAAUGGGCUACAACCCUGUCAAGGUUAACUGUGUGGUCAUGCGAGGCCUCAACGAGGACGAGCUGCUGGAUUUUGUGGCACUGACAGAGAAGAAGCCUCUGGAGGUGCGCUUCAUCGAAUACAUGCCCUUCGAUGGAAACAAGUGGAACUUUAAGAAGAUGGUGAGUUACCAGGAGAUGUUGGACCGCAUUAGGCAGCAGUGGCCCAACCUGGAAAAGCUUCAGACUGGACAGACAGACACUGCCAAGACAUUUCAAGUUCCAGGCUUUAAGGGUCAAGUGGGCUUCAUCACCUCCAUGUCUGAACAUUUCUGUGGCUCCUGCAACCGCUUACGCAUCACUGCAGACGGCAACCUCAAGGUGUGUUUGUUUGGGAACUCUGAGGUGUCCCUAAGAGAUGUCUUGCGCUCUGGGGCACCAGAUGAGGAGCUACUGCAAAUCAUUGGAGCUGCUGUGGGCAGGAAGAAGAAACAACACGCAGGCAUGUUCAGUAUCUCCCAGAUGAAGAACAGGCCCAUGAUCCUCAUUGGCACUGCAACCCAAAUGCUGUUGUCUCUGCCAAAGCCACAAGACAGCCAGAGAGCUUUCCCCAUUGUCUGCCAACUUACCAACGACACAUUCCUCUCUCCAACAGCAGCUCCUCGCACGGGCCGUUCAGGCAGCGGGAGAGUCCUGAACAGUGACGGUUCUUUGUGCCUUCCAGACUGCGCUGCUUCAACACAGGCAGCCAAUGUUUGCCGCUCUGGAACCUUAAUGAGAGGGGGAACCCAAGUCAGGUCACGUAUCAACAAAGAAAACCUUAAUGCGACGGACAACCUCCACCACGUAACACCCCGUCACUCCUCUGAGUUUGAUAAUGGUCUCACUUUCACCAGUUGUCACACUAAGACCGCAAGUUUUACUACACGCACAAAUGUCACGAGCUACACUAAUGAAGACUGUCUCAGGUACGCACAAGCCAGGGGUCCUAAUGCUUUGAAAAGCCACUUACUCAGGACCCCGGGAACACCUAUUCUUUGCACACUACUAAUCAAUGCCAAAACAAAUCCUAAACACCACAAUGUUAGACUGUGCCAUCAAUCAAGUUCCAGCAAAGACCACACCGUCAAACUCAGACAGUUUGUGAGCGAUCAGACCACAUCAGACAUCAACAGUAACCUGAAUGAAACCACCGAAGCCCAGCUGACGCAUACAGACGCCCAGGGCCGAGCCACAAUGGUUGACGUUGGGGGGAAAGUUCCCACACGUCGCACGGCCACAGCCCGCGCCACCGUCAUCCUGGGCCACACUGCCUUCCGGCUGCUUCGGGACAACCAGCUGGCUAAGGGCGACGCCUUGGCUGUGGCGCAGUUGGCCGGCAUCAUGGCUACCAAACAGACCUCAGCCCUCAUCCCGCUCUGUCACACGCUCCCCUUAGACCACGCCUCUGUCACCUUUGACCUGGAUGAGGUGCAGAACGCCGCCAUCAUCACGGCAACGUGUCACACUACGGGCCGGACAGGAGUUGAGAUGGAGGCUUUAACAGCUGUCUCUGUCGCUGCGCUGACUGUCUAUGACAUGUGCAAGGCGGUUAGCCAUGACAUCACCAUCACAGAUGUGAAGUUGGUCAGUAAGACGGGCGGGAAGAGGGACUUUCAUCGCCAUCCUUGACCUCACCUCCUCCCCCACCAAUGAAUCCAACACAGGAAAACUGAGAACUGACUUAACAGAAACUGACAGAAAUGGUCAUAUUUGUCUGCAAACUGAAGUUUAUGCCAUCAGAAUAAUAAUGUGAGUUAUAAUAUAUUUAUUAUAAUUACUUGAUCUGUCACUGAUCUUCACAGUAACUCUCAUUUAGCAGUGCUUUUCAAACCAUUUCAGUAUAUGAAACAAUUUAUUUGCUGUAAUACAUAACAGAUGAAGGACUGCAGUGUUUCUGUUUAUCUCUAGAGGGCACUCAUGUGUUACAUUCACAAGCCUCCCUGGAAGUCUUUGAGCAAAGAACAAAGCCAGGACAUCCUCAGUGCUAUUGACAUGUUGAAUGUAUUUGUCUUUUAUUAGCUCACAUGAACUUUGAAGAUAAUUCCAUUCAGGAUGAAGCCCAGGUGCCUGACCUGAAAGCUGAGCAGAGAAGUGUAUGUUUCAGUGUCUUUCCCAGGUCCUUUACUUACCUGCACUGAUUUGCUGUAAUUAACAGCACUUUGAAUGUUUUUACAGUUGAGUUUUGGGGUUCAUCCAGUUGUAUGAAGGGUAACUCGUUUUCAGUUCUCUGUACUUCACUGGAAACAGUGGAUAUGUGUACUUACACCACGGGACAGAGGAUCACAGUAAGAUGACUGUUUUUUAACUCUUGCUUUAAAAUAUCCACCAUUCACAUAAUGGCUGAUAACACAAAUAAUCCAUUACACUACUUGUGCUUUUCUUGUUUAUUUGUUUUCCCCUCUGUUUACCCCCAGAAGGAACUUGAUUGAUUGUUGAUUCGAUGUCAGUUCAGAGUUUAUAGUUGUAUGUGAACGUGUCAUUCUGACUGUGUGGUGAUGCAGCCUCUAUGUAUUGCAUCAUGUUGUUAGUAUUACUGUAGGUACCAUGCUCUCUGGUCUGCACUGUAGACCAGCAGUUCUCACCUGUUGUCUCUGGAGAACUGAUUAUUGAUAUUUUUGUGUCAUAGGAAAUAGUUGAUUGUAUUAACUGCCUCCAGCUCUCCUCAUUCACUGCUCAUUUUCUGAAAGAAGUACAUGCAAACUGUGAGUUGCUGGAGCUUGUGUGGCAUUUAUUUUCCCUUAUAAAAAUGAUAAUAUUCUACAAUC